AUGGCGUUCCCCGCCGUACCCCGCGGUCCUCCUUCUCUUCAGGCGCGAGUGUCCAAUUUUCGUCUCCGCACCUCUUCGUGCUUUUCUUUAUACCAUACCGUUUCCUCCGCACGAGGGGCUCACCGUUCUGUCAAGUCUUGCUCCUUAUCGGCUUCGGCUCCGUCUCCCGUGUCCGUUGCUUUUAAAAACCCGGUGGCCGCUUCUUAUCGCUCCUUCUCCAGUUCCACCAUCAUGGCUUCUAAGAUUGACGGCACAGCGAUUGCCAAAAGCAUUCGCCAGGGCUUGAAGACUGAGAUUGAGCAGAUUCAAGUUACCAACCCAAGAUUCAAGCCGAACUUGGUCAUUUUCCAAGUUGGCAACCGAUCGGAUUCCAGUACCUAUGUGCGCAUGAAGCUGAAGGCCGCCCAGGAGGCCAAUAUUAUCUGUACUCUGAUCAAUGUCCCCGAGACUAGCACUGAGCUGGAGCUUCUCCAAGAAAUCACCAGAGCCAACAAUGACCCCGCCGUCCAUGGUAUUCUAGUCCAGCUGCCCCUCCCCGGCCAUAUGUCCGAGCAUGCUAUCACCUCAGCCGUCGCUGAUGAGAAGGAUGUGGAUGGAUUUGGCGCUGUCAACAUUGGAGAGUUAGCCAAGCGUGGUGGCCGUCCAUCGUUCACCCCCUGUACCCCGCUCGCUGUGAUGGAGCUGCUGAAGGCCAGUGGAGUGGAUCCAGCAGGUAAGCAGGCAGUUGUCCUGGGCCGCAGCGACAUCGUUGGCAGCCCUGUUAGCUUUCUGCUUCGGAAUGCCCAUGCAACUGUCACUGUCUGCCACUCUCAAAGUCCCAAUGUCCCCGAAAUUGUCAAGACCGCCGACAUCGUUGUUGCCGCAAUUGGAAAGACCGAGUAUGUUAAGGGAGAGUGGCUGAAGCCCGGCGCUGUUGUGAUUGACGUUGGUAUCAACUACAAGCCUGACGCUACUAAGAAAUCUGGCGAGCGUCUGGUGGGUGAUGUCGACUUUGAUGCUGCCUUCCAGGUGGCAUCGCAGAUUACCCCAGUCCCUGGUGGUGUCGGUCCUAUGACCGUCGCUAUGCUUCUGAAGAAUGUGGUCCACGCUACCAAGUCAUACUUUGAGAAGCAGAGGGACAGACGUAUCACUCCUCUGCCCAUCCGCUUGCAGAACCCCGUCCCCUCGGAUAUUGCCAUCUCUCGUGCCCAGUACCCCAAGCCUAUCUCCCAGGUCGCUUCCGAGGUUGGAAUUGCCCACCACGAGCUGGAGCCAUACGGCCACACUAAAGCUAAGGUUAGCCUUGAUGUUAUUGAACGCCUGUCUCACCGUCGCAACGGAAGAUACGUUCUGGUUUGUGGUAUUACUCCUACUCCUCUGGGCGAGGGUAAAUCUACCACUACUCUGGGUCUUACUCAAGCUCUUGGUGCUCACCUUAACCGCAUUACAUUUGCCAAUGUCCGUCAGCCAAGUCAAGGUCCAACCUUUGGAAUCAAGGGUGGUGCUGCCGGCGGUGGUUACAGUCAGGUUAUUCCCAUGGAUGAGUUCAACUUGCACUUGACAGGUGACAUUCACGCUAUCACCGCGGCAAACAACCUUCUUGCUGCUGCUAUUGAAACCCGCAUGUUCCACGAAACCACACAGAAGGACGGUCCUCUCUACAAGCGUCUGGUACCAGCAAAGAAGGGCAAGCGCGAGUUCCAGCCUAUCAUGUUCCGUCGUCUGAAAAAGCUUGGUAUCAAUAAGACCAACCCCGAUGAGCUCACUGAAGAUGAGAUCCACCGAUUUGCCCGUCUGGAUAUUGAUCCUACUACCAUCACCUGGCGUCGUGUGCUGGACGUCAACGACCGUCACCUGCGUGGUGUUACUGUUGGCACUGCACCUACUGAAAAGGGUCUUUCUCGCGAGACUGGCUUCGACAUCUCCGUUGCUAGUGAGUGUAUGGCUAUUCUUGCACUGGCCAACAACCUGGAUGACAUGCGUGAACGCCUGGGCCGUAUGGUCGUUGCUACCUCCAGAAACGGUGACCCAGUCACUUGUGACGACAUUGGUGCUGGUGGUGCCCUGGCAGCUCUGAUGAAGGAUGCUAUUAAGCCUAACCUUAUGCAGAGUUUGGAGGGAACUCCUGUUCUGGUCCACGCCGGUCCCUUCGCCAACAUUAGUAUCGGUGCUAGCUCAGUCAUUGCUGACAAGCUUGCCUUGAAGCUGGCCGGAACCGAGCCCGAUGAGGAUCACGAUGCGAAGACUGGCUUUGUGGUCACUGAGGCUGGCUUCGACUUCACCAUGGGCGGUGAGCGAUUCUUCAACAUCAAGUGCCGAUCAUCGGGACUGUCUCCCGACACCGUGGUUAUUGUGGCUACUGUCCGCGCUCUUAAGGUGCACGGUGGUGGUCCCGAGAUCAGCCCCGGCGGGGCUCUGCAUGAGAUUUACCGCACCGAGAAUGUGGACAUCCUCCGCAAGGGUUGUGUCAACCUGCGCAAGCACAUUUCUAAUGCCCGCCAGUACGGUGUGCCGGUUGUUGUUGCUAUUAACAAGUUCGAGACCGACACUGAGGCUGAGAUCGCUGUCAUCAGGGAGGAGGCGAUCGCAGCGGGUGCUGAAGACGCCGUUCCCGCCAACCACUGGGCCGAGGGUGGAGCAGGUGCUCUUGACCUCGCUAAGUCUGUUCUAGCCGCCAGCUCCAAGCCCAAGGACUUCAAGCUGCUGUAUGAUCUGAAUGGUACCAUCCAGGAGCGUAUCGAGCGCAUUGGCCAGGCCAUGUACGGUGCGGACAAGGUCGAGUUCAGCGAGCUCGCCCAAAAGAAGGUCGACACCUACACACAGCAAGGCUUUGACAACCUGCCCAUCUGUAUCGCCAAGACACAAUACUCGCUCAGUCAUGACCCAGCUCUGAAGGGCGCACCCACUGGAUUCACUGUGCCUAUUCGGGAUGUCAGAUUGGCUGUGGGUGGUGGAUACCUCUACGCUUUGGCUGCCGACAUCCAGACGAUCCCUGGCUUGCCUACUGCCCCAGGCUACAUUAAUGUAGACAUUGACACCGAGACCGGCGAAAUCGACGGUCUGUUUUAG